AUGACGACCACGCAGCUCAGCUACCUUGCUCCGCUGCCCUUAUACGAAACCCAGAAAGCCUUUGCGUACAACUACAAUCGAGGUCCGGAAUUUCCAGCAGAAGAACAUUCGAACCUAGAAUUCGAGACUCAUGCUGAUAUACCCAUUCGCAAUGCUCGUUCUCUACCCAAGGAGGCCUUAGCACUUGACAAGUAUGGGUUUCGAUUCAAGGAACAUCCUUCGUCACUUCCUGGCGCUUUUGGCAAUAGUAAAGAAGAAGUGGAGACUUAUGUCAACAGUAUGAAGGAGCUCGUCCGCGAAGAGUUCCAGGCCGAUCAUGUGGUCUGUUGUGACUUUCGGUCACGAUGUAACGAUAUAUCAGCAGAAGAAUACAAAGCCAACAUCGGCUCGAAACGGCCAGGGACUGAAGUGACAGGGCCGCCAAUUAUGAACAUACACUGUGAUCAGACAGUGGACUCUGGUAUCGGCCGAAUCAGACGUUAUGUGAACGAAGAAGAGGCCAGCAAGUAUCUUGAAGGCGACUACAGAUGCCGGAUCAUAAAUGUGUGGCGACCAAUCAACCGGCCAUCACAGGAUUGUCCUCUGACUUGGUGUGCCGCACACAGUAUUGGUGAAGGUAAUCUCGUUCCUGUUGAUCGCUAUAACCCUGAGUUUGUGCUGGAACUAUAUUACCUGAAGUACUCGCCCCAACAGGAGUGGUACUGGAUCAAGGAUCAGAAGCCUGAGGAGGUCGCUAUAUUUUGUCAAUUUGACUCCACGGGUGUUGAUCACACAUGUCCCCAUACGGCGUUCUUAGACCCCAACGCCCCUAAAGAUUGUGGUCGUAGGGAGUCCCUCGAGGUCAGGAUGGCAGUGUUCAAUAAGCUCAAGAACAGGGCUUGA